UUGAUGUCCUUGUUUCCUGACCUGGACCCAGAUUGGACUCCUGACACCUAUGCGUACAGUCAUGAGUACUAUGAACAAGCAGAGAACACAACCAGUACCGACCCAGAAAACCCCGACUGGUACUAUACAGAGGAAGAUCCGUGCCAGUCUAACCCCUGUGAGCAUGGUGGGAACUGCCUGGCCAGCGGGGACACCUUCACGUGCAGCUGCCCAACACUCUUCUCUGGAAGCAGGUGUCAAAAGGUGAAAAACAAGUGCAAGAAUAACCCAUGUGGCCGAGGUGAAUGCCUCAUUACUCAGAGCUCUCCCUACUUCCGCUGUGCCUGUAAACACCCUUACAUGGGCACCGACUGCUCCAGAGCGGUUCCGGUGUGCAGGCCCAAUCCCUGCCAGAACGGUGGCACCUGCUCCCGGCAGAGCCGGCGAUCCAAGUUUACCUGUACCUGCCCUGAAGAGUUCAAGGGGAAAUUCUGUGAAAUAGGUUCUGAUGACUGCUAUGUUGGCGAUGGCUCCUCCUACCGAGGGACAGUGAGUAGGACAGUCAACCAGCACUCAUGCCUUUACUGGAACUCCCACCUCCUCUUGCAGGAGAAUUACAACAUGUUUAUGGAAGAUGCUGAGGCCCUUGGGAUUGGAGAACACAACUUCUGCAGAAAUCCAGAUGGAGAUAAGAAGCCCUGGUGUUUCAUCAAAGUGAACAGUGCAAAGGUGAAAUGGGAGUACUGUGACGUCUCGCCAUGCUCAGCCCUAGACCUUGUGGACCCUGAGCAGAGCCCCAUGGAGCCCGUGAGCAAGCCUCCACGGUUUGACACCUGCGGGAGGCCGGAAAGAGGAGAGCAGAAGAUCAAGAGGAUCUACGGAGGCUUUAAGAGCACGGCGGGCAAGCACCCCUGGCUGGUGUCCCUGCAGACCUUGUUGCCGCUGGCCCAGGCCAUGCCUCGGAACCACUUCUGUGGCGGAGCCCUGAUCCACCCCUGCUGGGUGCUCACGGCUGCCCACUGCACUGAGAGAUUAAAAGCCAAACAUCUGAGAGUGGUGUUAGGAGCCCAGGAUCUGAUGAAGACAGAAUUCCAUGAGCAGACCCUUGGAGUGGAGAAGAUCUUUAAGCACAACCAUUACAAUGAAAGAGACGAGAUUCCCUCCAACGAUAUUGCUUUGCUCAAGUUGAAGUCAGCAGAUGGUCGCUGCGCUGUGGAAUCCAAGUAUGUGAAGGCAGUGUGUCUUCCUGAUGCUCCCUUUCCCUCCGGGACCGAGUGUCACAUCGCUGGCUGGGGUGUCACAGAAACAGGUGAAGGGUCCCGCCAGCUCCUAGAUGCCAAAGUCAAGCUGAUCGCCAACACUGUGUGCAACACCCGCCGACUCUACGACCACAUGAUUGAUGACAACAUGAUCUGUGCAGGAAACCUGCAGAAACCUGGACAAGACUCCUGCCAGGGAGACUCGGGAGGCCCUCUGACCUGCGAGAAGGACGGCACCUUCUACGUCUACGGGAUAGUGAGCUGGGGCCUGGAAUGUGGGAAGAAACCAGGAGUCUACACCCAAGUGACGGAGUACCUGACUUGGAUCACAGACACCAUCCGGGGAGAAGACGGCAUUUAA